CAUCCAAAAUAAAUUUGAGCAGUGCAUGCACCCAAUGUCCCAACCUCUUUUCAAAUUGUGCAGUCGAGUUCUAUUCCCGCAACCUCGCUUCCCAGCCAGGCCCAUUGGCCAUCCUCGCCUGUCGCCUCUUGGCACUUUCCGUCACGCCGAAAGAAAGAAUGCCAAGCUCUUCUUUAUGAUUCCAAUUCUCCGCAGGCUAUCAAAAUCAGUGCCGGCCAUAGACCCGCUCUCGAAGUUUAUGGACUCGUCCAGCUUCUUUGGAGUCUCUCGGAGACUCGCCGCCUUGGCUCAACAGCUCCGCCUCUACAAAGCUCCGCCUACCCUCGAGGACAUCGACGAACAGUGCCUCGAAGAAACCGCUGGAAAAGUGGUUUCCCAGGUUGGUUUUCCGGAAUCGGCCACUCCAAUUGCGCAAGAUCCAGAAAGUUUUAGACCCAAGAGAGCCGCUGUUUUGGUCUGUCUUUUUGAAGGGGAUGCUGGGGAUCUGCGCGUGGUUCUCACGAAACGUUCUUCGAGGCUGUCCACUCAUUCCGGUGAAAUAGCAUUGCCGGGUGGGAAAGCUGACGAGGGGGAUAAAGAUGAUGUAGAUACUGCUACCAGGGAGGCGAGGGAGGAGAUUGGGUUGGAUCCUUCACUUGUCAAUGUUGUCACUGUACUUGAACCAUUCUUGUCUAAGCACCUCCUGAGAGUUGUUCCUGUUAUUGGCAUACUUAAUGAAAAGAAAGCAUUUAAGCCUGCUCCAAAUCCUUCUGAAGUGGAAGUAGUUUUCGAUGCUCCCUUGGAAAUGUUCAUCAAGGAUGAAAAUCGGAGAGCAGAGGAGAGAGAGUGGAUGGGGCACAAGUAUCUCAUUCAUUUCUUUGACUAUGAAACAGAAAACAAGAAGUACUUGAUAUGGGGUUUUACUGCGGGUAUCUUGAUAAGGGCUGCAUCAGUUGUAUUUCAACGGCCACCAGCUUUUGUGGAACAGAAGCCCCCUUUCAAGGUUCCGAGAGUUCUUUGAAAAGAUACACCAUGAUACCUUAAAUCCGAGGAAGACUCCUAGAGUUCUUGGAAAAGAUACACCAUAACGCAAUUGGACUAGUAUAACUAACUUCAGUCGAUUGAUGUGUAAACCAAAGUGGCUGAAACAUUUCUGACUGGAGGAGUUAACCCUUAUCUAAUGUCGAACAGAUCUUCACCGAGUCUCCACAAUUCACCUUUCUUCAGGUCAGUUUGUCUACGGCUUGAGAAUUUUCUCGACUGUGAGCCAUUGCAGGACUUGAUCUCAAGCACAGAGAUCUUAUCCAGUUUUUCAUUAACACAAGGUUCUCUUUUGUUAUCCCGUCCAAUGAUUGAUAAAAUAUAUAGAAUGAAAAUAAUUGAGUAUAGAAAA